AUGGCCACCGUUGAUUCUCUCGAAGGUCCAAACGGAAAGAUAGAGAAUGUCAAGCCUCUCUCUUCCUCAUCGACAGCUCAUAGAUUGGCAAGCGAUCACACUCAAUCUCCCAGUGAGGAUGCUGAAAAGCUCGAUGAUCGAUACAACGACCCUUCGGCAGAUCUCAAGAUUGUCUCUUCGGAUGUAGUGGUGUUCAAGGUUAGAUCUAUCUAUCUCAGAGCGGCAAGCAAAAUUUUCGACGACAAGAUCACCUCAGUUGCUACCACCUCCCAUAUGACUCUCAAGCUCGAAGACCAAUCAAUUGAACGAGCAACAGCCUUGCGAUCACUCCUUGAUUUCCUCCAUGGUCGAAUCGGUCACCUCGAAUAUGGAAAUCUGGGUAUUUUCCGUCGAACCAUUCUUCUCGCCAAGAAAUACGAUUGUCAACUCGUCCUAACUGCUAUGAGAUCAUUCGCUAGAACCCUGACCGAGAAAUCUUACAGCAGUUAUCGCUUCGUCUUAGGAUCUAAUUUGGAUGAUAUUCAACUCUGUUCUCGAGCCAUCAGUACUGCAGAAUGUGAGGUUUGGGGCAAAGACGACGAAGGAAGAGACUGUCCCGUAGAAUGGUACGACUACCCACUUGGUGAACUGUACUCGAACGAUCAACAUGGCACAAGAUACGGAGAGUGCUCUUUGGAUCCUUCCACUUGGGAUAUUGAAGAAAUACGGCAAGUUCCUACCAGAUACCUCGCUGGACUCUUAAGAGCCACCCGGGUGGUGUAUCGAAAGGGUGGUACUUGGAAAGCUGCUGCUGCCAGAUUCAGAAAGGUCAUGGAACCGUUCGAUACUGAUUCAGAAGAUAAUGCUGUCGAUGAGGAUGGAGACGAAGGGAUGUCAAGCUAA